GACUGCCUUUUAAAACCAGAUUUAGAAAUGUUUAAUAUGGUGGACAUGGUAAAUUAUGCUAAAACAAUACGGUGUUCUCCAAGGGAGAAUUGUUAUAUGAAUGAAAUAUCUAUGAACAUUUCUAAUUCUAAUGGUAUAGUUGCAGAUCUAGUAAUUUUCAGCAUAUUUCACUUUACAAAAAUGUACCAUGGUAAUAAUAGUUUUCACCAAAAUUCCAUAUAGUUAUUGUUUCUUCAAUUAAACUGUAGUAACUUGACAUUAUCUGGUGUUAUUUGGGUUUCAUCACAUAUACAUUUAGGCCAUUACCUUUUCAUUGUAAGUGCAUAAUUUUAUUGACACUGAUUUAUUUAGUUUUUCCCUGCCAGAAAUGUAUUUAUCAGGGGGAAUUAAGAUGUUGUAACUGUUCAUCAACCGAUAGGGGUUUUUCAGUGACUGAGGAUACCAAUAUCUAGAGAGCAUGGUGGCUGAUAUAUUUCCCAUAUAUUUAAUAUAAUUUAAUGACAGCAAAUGAGAUGUCCCCAAAAUCGUUGCAAUGGAAUGAGUGCUUUUUACAAAGUGUUUACUCAAAAUAUACUGAAAAAUAGGUUUACGUUGACAUCGACCAAGCGUACAUGGUUGUAAGCCAAUAGCGAAAUAACAUCUGCGAAAAAACAGCCUGUCCGAUAUAUCACUAUUUGCAACCACUAAAUCCAUUAUUUAAUACAUUUACAUUUUUAAGAAGCAUAUCAAAUGUCACUGUUUGAUUUAAUUCUUGAAUGUAAUUAAACAUUACUAUCUAUUUUUAAUUUUAUUUGAGAAUUUCCAGUUCUUAUUGCCUACUAUCAUGUGACAUGUGCUUAAGCUGUUCGAAUGGGCUCCAAGGACCAACGCCACAGUCGUGUAGAUAUUUUCCACCAGGGCUAUGCAGUGCCACUGGAGGCCUUUCCCCGGCCAACCACGUUCCUAGAGCAGCAGGACAGGUGCCUGGCGGCCCUGCGAAGGCAGACGGCAAAGAUGGCAACCCAGUCCCACUCAGGUGGUGAGAUGUCACUUGAGCAGCUGCUGGCACUUUAUGGGUACAACAUGCCUGAUCCUGUCCUGCAGCAACAACGGGAGCCUAAUGAGCUGGCAGCCAGUCUGCCUGAAAUGACACUGGACAAGGUUCAGAUAGGUAAAGAUGUAUUCUCAGGAGAGAAGGAUGAAAACAACCAUUCCUCUACUGAUGACAUCACACUCACUGUCACGUCUCAUGCACCUGACCUCUUACAGUGUAACUUACGAGGUGAUGACAAAGACUCUUCAGUCAGCUCCUCAGAAGACGACUCAGAAAGCACCUCUAUCCCCUCCAGCGAUGGACGCAAGGACAUCAUGGUGGGCCCCCAGUAUCAGGCUACAAUUCCUUCUCUCUCUUCACACACUUUUAAUGAAAGAGCCUACGAGAAUAAGGACCAGUUAUUGUGGACCCCCGGUGUGCUGUCCUUUCCGGCUGUAGAGGAGUUUUUGUUUAUGGUCCAGAGAAAAGGGAGUGAAAAUGGAGCUAUAAACACUUUGACCACAGAAGACAUAGUCAAAGAUAAUGAGCAGGCUCUUUAUGAACUGGUGAAAUGCAACUUCAAUGCAGAAGAGGCACUUAGAAGAUAUCGCUUCAAUGUGAAGGUUUUCAGUGAGCUUUGUGCCUGGAGCGAGGAGGAGUGUCGAAACUUUGAGCAUGGUUACCGUGUCUAUGGGAAGGACUUCCACCUCAUACAGGCCAACAAGGUCCGCACACGCUCAGUGGGUGAGUGUGUAGAGUACUAUUACAUGUGGAAGAAAUCUGAACGGCAUGAGUAUUUCACACAGCAGACCACCAAGAUGGGGCGGAAAAGGUGCAAUCUGCCAUCUGGAAACAUAGAGGAUGCUGAGCCAGAUGGAGAUUUCGGUGAAGUGGAAGGUGCCACACAAGGUUUGUCAAGUAGGUCUUCAAUUCAACUCCAAACUCCAUCACCUUCUCCAGUCAUGGAGCUGGAUAAACAAGAGGAUAGCCUGAAUUGCGCAGCUCAGUUUCAGGGUCGUCCACGACGGAAACGCACUCCGCGUUUCCUCUUAAAGCCCUGAGCUUGCUGUGCUUUGGCAACGUAAAAGUGACAGGCACACAGGUUCUAAGCGAGACAUCGCGGAGAGUGAACUACAUGCAGAUUCUUGCUCUAGCCAGCAGGGGGAGCAGUUGUUCAGCUCGUUUUCGCCACUCCCACCAGCGCUCCAGACUCCGGUCACAGAUUGUCCAGACCCGGCCUCCCCGGCCACCCAGCUUUACUUCCCCUCGCUCUCCCGUAACCACACAGUCCCUUCCUCGCAGCCAGACUCAGGGCUCCCAGAAGCAGGUCUUUACCAGCUGCAGCUGGGCUCUUUUCCUGGAGACGCUCUAUGUACCGAAUAUGUUGCCUCGAGAAGGCUUCAGCUUGAAUUUUCUUUACCUUCCUCACCUAUCCCGUCCCCGCUUGCCCCGUCCAUCGCUGCCACAGAUUUUGGGGUUAUCAACAGCCUCUUGUGCCCGCCCUCCGCCAUCUGCUCCAUGCCCAUCCAACAUCCUCGGUCCCUCACACAGUGAGUCACCAAUGGACAACUUUCCAGAUCUAAAUAAAUGACUCUACUACAGCAGUGCUACAUGCAAUGAGAGUUUUUUUAAUUUAAUCAAUUUACUUUGUUAAAAGGGAGUUCAUGCAAAAAUACAAAAUUCGGUCAUAAAUUGGUCACUCUUAUUUCGUUCCAAUCUCAUAUCACUCCAAGCCUGUAUGAGUUCCUUUCUUCAAUGGAUUACAAAAGGAGACAGAACGUUAGCCUCAGUCACCAUUCACAUUCAUUGCAUCCUUUUUCCAUACAAUGAAAUGUGACUGACGCAAACAUUCUGCCUGACAUCUUAUGUUUUUGUUACAGAAGAAAGAAAGUCAUGCGGGUAUGAAACAGCAUGAGUCUGACAUUAUUUUUAGGUUAAGUAACUUUUUAAGUUUCUUUGGAAAGGUGAGAGAUUUUGUAUCCCGUUAAGUUUGAUGGUGGCCUUAUCAGUAACCGUUAUAACUUACAUUGUUCCUUUCAUUGAAUGUAGUUCUUGACUCAAAAACGACUGACCUUUUUGUCAUUCUAAGUUGCUUUUGAUAAAGCAAACACAGAAAAACAACUUGUAAAGAGGUAUUAUCAAAUGAACUACUAAUGCAGUUGCUUUGCUCUGUUGGUUUUACGAAAUCCUUUAUGGGAUUCUGGCUUUCCUAUUGUAGGUUCUUUUUGUGCAAUAAAAACUUGAGUUCCUCCAGGGCUUUGAUCGUUUCCCUCUCGGUCUUGUCCAUCAGUACCUAAGUACUAAGUGUUGAAGAGGGUUUUUGAAUGGUUUAUGAUUAUAUGCUCCACAAAUGCUUUGCCAACAGAUGCAAUCCUGAUUUGCCAGUGUAUUAAAACUUAAAGGAAUAGUUCACCUAAAAAUGAAAAUUCUGCCUUCAUUUGUUCACCCUCGAGUUGGACUUUAAAUAUUUAGGUGAACUUUCCCUUAAAGUCUAACACUACUGUGGCUUACUCACUGUAUAAAGUUUCUCAGGUUUUGUAGCCCACCCAAUUCCCCAGAAUCCUUCACUACCCAGAGAGACUUAGUUCAUCAUAUUCUCUGUAGUACCUCAUUUGUGACUUGUCAUUUGCUCAAAGUGCCACCAACCAGAACUUCUGUUAUUCAGGAUUGAGAGCUGCCUAUGUCCUCAUCCGUAUCUCUUUGCUUAUGUCUAGCUUCAAUGUGUAUUUGUUUGCUGAUGCUUCUAAUUGUUUAGACGGUAAAUUUUAUGCAAGGUUCAGAUGAUACGAAAGGGAGACAAACACCGUCUAGGCUUGUUUAACUUUAUUAUGUUUUUUUUUAAUCUAUUUCUGCUCCUCUCAUAUUGAUUUAUUGCCCCUGUUAUUAUAUUUUGUAAAUAAUAAUAAUAAAAAACUUCAAUUUGU